AUCCGCUGGUUGCGCAUAGUGAGGUUUGCUUUUGGGGUGUGAGGUUGUGCUUGUUAGAUUAGCAAGAGAGGAAAAAAACGUUCGUGCUGUUGUUUGCAGCCAUUAAGUUUAAUAAAUCAUCCUUUCAAGAUCUGACGAUUCAUUUUAUCAGCAGACGUUUACGUUAAUUUUAUAUAUUAAAAUUGUAUUUUUCGGCAGAAAUCAAUUAAAAAAUAUUGAUUUUAUUGUUCUCCCGCAGAGAUUUUAGGUGGGGUUCAUUUAAGAGGCUUUGUUUUUUCUCCCUCUCUUUCCAUCCCUUUGUCUCCCAAUUUUUGUGAACUCCUUGCUGCUGGAGUAGGAGUAAGGGUGAGUUUGGUUCCAACCACUGGGAGGUUUUUAUUUUCCGCCUGAAGUGAUCAUUGUAAUUGUAUUCUUUUCCGUCAAUAUAAAUGAAAACCAAAUUCUCCAGCGCAGUGGACAGUCUCGGGAUGGGGUUGCUAAUUGCACAGAAUGGGAUCCGCGUUCAGCAUGAAGAGGACAUCGAGUAUAAAGCUGGAAGACAAGACGCACCCGACCCUCAAACCAAACAUAAAGCUUAUCUUUGGUGCAAAGAAUUUCUUCGAGGUGCUUGGAAAACACUGUCUGAAGACGAAUUUCAAAUUCGCAUCAUCAGGGGUGGCCUUAGUAAUCUGCUUUUUCAAUGCUCAUUGCCUGAUACUAAAAGCUGUGUAAAGGAUGAACCACGGUGUGUUCUCCUUCGACUGUAUGGUGCAAUUCUUCAGAUGACGUGUAAUAAAGGAGAGUCCAAACAGACGAACCAGGACAGAUUUGAUAUUCGGGGAGCAGAUGCCAUGGUAUUGGAAAGUGUUAUGUUUGCUAUCUUGGCAGAACGAUCACUUGGUCCGAAGCUAUACGGAAUCUUUCCUCAGGGUCGUUUGGAACAAUUCAUUGCUAGUCGGAAAUUGGAGACCAACGAAUUAGCUAUUCCAAGUAUUUCAGCAGAAAUAGCAAAAAAGAUGGCCACCUUUCAUAGAAUGACUAUGCCAUUUAACAAAGAACCAACAUGGUUGUUCCAUACUAUGGAGAAGUACUUACAGCAAGUGAUGCGAAUCAGCUUUACAAGAGAGUCUCACGUUAGAGCAUUUCAUAAACUUCUCAGUUACAACCUUCCACAGGAAAUGGAGAAGCUAAGGUUCUUGCUUGAAGCAACUCCUUCGCCAAUUGUUUUCUGUCAUAAUGACUGUCAGGAGGGUAAUCUCCUGCUAUUGGAAAACACUGAAAACACUGAUCAGAAACUGAUGCUCAUUGACUUUGAAUACAGCAGCUACAACUUCAGAGGGUUUGAUUUUGGAAAUCACUUCUGUGAAUGGAUGUAUGACUACAACUGUGACGAGUAUCCAUUUUUCAAAGCUGAUAUCAAUAAUUACCCCACCAAAGUGCAGCAGCUCCAUUUCAUCAGAGUUUACAAUGCUGAAAUCCAGGAUGAAUUUGAUGACUUAAAUGACGAUCAGAUAGCAAAAAUGGAAGACCAAAUGCUAGAAGAAAUAAACAGAUAUGCACUUGCUUCACAUUUCUUUUGGGGUCUGUGGUCCAUUAUUCAGGCUCGGAUAUCAGCAAUUGAAUUUGGAUAUCUGGAUUAUGCAUUGGCAAGAUUUGAAGCAUACUUUGAACAGAAGAAGGAGCUAGAUGUUUGAUGAUUAGUUGACGUGUGGGAGGAGCCAGUGAAGUGAAGUAAAUGUGAAGUAAAGACGAAGACACCAGAAAAAUUUAAGUGUCAGAGCCAGCUAUGGAAAACCACAGCAGUAUUCAGCAGAGAUAUGAACUGUGUGUGGAUUUGUUUCAUGUGGUAGAAGUUUAGAAAUUGAUGGUCUGUUUUUUUUUUCUUUAAAAAUUACAGCCUGUUUACUGUUUCAGGACUUGCUUUAUGGAUAAAACUUUGAAAAAUGUAGUAAUGUAACAUUAAUCUGGUACAAAGCUGCUAAUUAAUUCUCUGAAAUAGAUUAGUAUUAGGUAGAUAUUUAGUGAACAAUUAAGUUGUGUAUAUCAAAAUACUUCUCCAGCUGGAAAAUGUGACUUACUUGUCAUUUAAAAAAUUUUUUUUUGUUGGCAAAACAGCCUUUAGAUAAGUAACAUAAGAGAAGAGUUGACUUAAACUCUGAAGUACUUGCCUAGAAAUCUAUAUUAAAGGGCAGAUUAUACAUUGUUUUACAUAUAAUGUGAAAAUCAGUAAUGCUACUGAAGCCAAGUUUAAAUGUAUAAUUCAGUAUAAUUCUGCUAUAUUAAUAAUCACACUAGUGAAAGAAUAUUGGGAUGAAGCUGUUUUGAUACAAAAAAACUAAUUCCUGAGCCAGACAGGGUAGCAGACCCAAGGCCCUUUUGAUGAUGGACCAGUUAGCAUGGCUGGCUGAUGGGACCUAAAGGGAUAGAACUAUCACUGGGGAGACUGGAAUCUUCCCAGUUAUUUUCAGAUAACCUUAGAAUAAGUUAUUCUAAGGAUAUGCAACUAGGAUUGUUUCUCAACAACCAGUGCUGGUAUCUGCACAUUGUUAGCAAAUUGAACUCCAGGAAUAUUGUUACACACACUGAUAAUCUCUUUCUUAGCAAUUGCCAACCUGUGCCUGUAUUUGUUUUGAUCUUGUAUGGAGUUGCCAUUAUAAGGAGAAAGUGUGCACUCCACAUCUGGCAUAGAUAGGUAUAAUGUGCAUUUCUCAAUAGAUUGAUAUGGAGAUUUAAGUAUGAUGGUUUCUGACAUGUCAGAUAUCCAGCUGAUGUCCUAAACUAUGAUUAUUUUAUAACAUUGCAUUGGAUUUAUGAUAUAUUUUGUUUAUUGUAUGUCAUUAUGUAGUUAAGCCUCUGCUUUCGACAAAAUACAAGUGCAUUAGUGGUGUUGUUCUCAUGCUGAAUAACAAAUAUAGAAUAAGCAAGGUAAUAUGCUUUAGUUGUUGGUAACAAGAGUUGCAAGUUUUGAACUUGUAUUAUUUGUAUGCAGCUGUCUGAAAUGAAUUAGCAUAAGUACUCUUCUAAAACAAAAGCUGUCAAAGAUGAAAUUCAGUUUCUGCGACAAAAUGCGCAAUGGAAGAUUAAUUCUUCUUUAUAUAUCCUGCUUAAUUUUCCUUUUCCAUUCAAGUCGAAGUAAGUUGAGCAGCAUAUAUAAUGGACAGCCAAUUUUCUACCACAUGCUCUGCUCUCUUGCUGGAGCUGAAUUUUGGGUUCAGUAGUUCAUUUCCUAAACUUUUUUCUGAACAGACCUGUUCCAAGUUUAAUUUGUAAUUUUUAGUUUUCAGGAAAACUACAUUGUGAAUUUAAAGUUGCUGUACAUGAGGUAGAAAACAGUGACCAAUAUUUAUUCAUGAUUUUUGUAUUGCAUAUUCUGUAACCCAAUUGAUGUGCGCACAUGUAGGCAAAUAAGCCAACGCCUGAGCCAUUUGCUUUGUCUUGUUGAACAUGUAUAUUGUGUAAAUAAUGAUUGAGUUCUAAUAUUAAGACCAAAGCCAGAACUGUUUGGAACGAGGUACUUUGCAAAUUUAGUUUCUGUUGAUAGUGACACUACUUUUUCAAGUAUCUUCACAAUAUUAAGGCUGCCACUAACAUACAAGUUAAUUUGUGCAAAUGUUUGUAUUUUUUCUGUAGGUGAUGCACAGUAAAUUACUUGGCUUUGAUUCAUCAUAGCAGUUACCAUGUGUGAUCCCAGUAAGGCAGUUAAAAGCCAGUGUCCACUAAAGUUCAAAUUCCUAUUGUAACAACUAUGUUUAAAGUCCUGUACAAAGCUGGUUCCAAGUCCAAAAAAAGCUAAUAACAUGCAUGGAAAUGUACUAAAAUUUUACAUUUUCAGUAGCAGUGAUUUGAUUCUUGGUGCAAAGGUUGCACCGUUUCUGACAAUAACCAGCAUUUAAUACAGUACUGGGAGGUGCAUGGCUACGUUUAACGGUGAUCUUUCUGUAAGACAGAGUAAUUGCACUUGUGGAAUUGCAGUAUAAACAAUCAGAAUCAUCCUUGUGUUGGGAAUUAAUUUCUUUACUGUAACAAAUGUGAUGGAUGCUUUUAAAUAUUAAUGCAGUGAUGUGGUGCAUUGUUAUGUUGAUGCCAAAUCAGUUGUAUUUUUGUAAAAUGUCACUGUGUAUGCACAGUUUAUGUACUGACAUAAAAUUUUUAUUAAAACUUUUUCCCUAGUGGCAUGAA